UUGUAUUCCCACUGAGGGCGUGGUGAAACGGAAGACUUUGCUGGAUCUAUGGAAGGUGUCCGUGAUGAACCCUGAGAGCCCGUGGCAGCCUGGACUGGGUUGGUUUUUGUCUCGACGCUCUGGAAACCCGAUCACUAAACCAACCACACUACCUGACCGUCUAUAUGUGGCACACAGCGGCGGAUCCGUGGGUGGAACUACGGUGCUUUUACUCAGCUUACCUUGCGAAAUUUACUCAGAGCGAAGGCAAGAACGCAGUGUCGAUUUGGCUUCUCAAAUUUCCCAACUGCCUCCAAUUUGUGUGGCCGUAUUGUGCAAUCUAGAAGAUGCCCCAGGAAUGACCGACUUGGCCGUUACCCUGGUGGAAUUAGUCGCCGAUUGCGCUGUACAUGCACCGAGCUAAUUUGAUAUCGAGAUGGAUUCGUGAUUUCUCAUCGAUCAUUCAUCUCACUAUCCUUCGAAGACACUUCGACUUGUUGGUCCAAUGUUUUUACCCGAUGAUGUCGAUUCACUCUGAACUGCUUUAUAAUCUGGCUUGACCAAACAAGUCAUUCCGACCACGGUUCCAUCGCCAGACACAUCAGCAAGACCAAGCUGACUUCUGCGGGACGACGGCUCAUGAGUUUCUCUUCUUCGGCAACAUCUAUUAUUUCCAACGGUGGUGCAGCGUUCGCUGAUCUCUUAUGCGGUGGUGCGUUUCACCAGCGCACCACACCUAACGACGAGUGGAUUCAUAGUUUCGUUGAUACUGCAAAACAACAGCCUUUUCCCGAUACAUUGCUUGCUAGACUCCCAAAUAAACCGAGAGAGAACGCGAUAAUAAACCAGUGGAGUUUGCAUUUCCGGAGCGCUUGUAUCUAUGCUUUUUUUAACCUAUUUUGCUAGCCUUCUGCAGAUUGUCUGCUCUGUUUCAAUAUACUUCAUUAUUCUGGAG